GAGGAAGGGGGGGAAGAAGAAGAGGAAGGGCGCGGGGCUCGCCUGACCGAGUCCCUUCGUGCCUGCCCGCAGCCGCCGCGGUCCGCCCGUCGCCGGCCUCCCGCGGGGGCCCAUGAGUGCCGGGCGGGCUGCACCCCGCGCCCGCCGGUCGGUGAGAUGGGGGGGAGCCUGGGCUGCCACCGCGCCAUCCCCCGCGACCCGGCCGACCUGUGCCACAGCCGCAAGUUCAGCGCGGCGUGCAACUUCAGCAACAUCCUGGUGAACCAGGAGCGGCUCAACAUCAACACGGCCACCGAGGAGGAGCUCAUGACCCUGCCCGGCGUCACCCGCGUGGUGGCCCAGAACAUCGUGGAGUACCGGGAGUACAUCGGCGGCUUCAAGAAAGUGGAGGACCUGGCGCUGGUGAGCGGGGUCGGGGCUGCCAAGCUGGAGCAGGUGAAGUUUGAGAUCUGCGUGAGCAGCAAGGGCAGCUCUGUGCAGCACUCGCCCAGCUCCCUGCGCAAGGACCUGCCUGCUGAGCAUCACCUCUCCGCCACCAAGAUCAACAUCAACACGGCCACCCCGGCGCAGCUCAUGAGCAUCCGCGGCAUCACCGAGAAGAUUGCCAACAGCAUCGUGGACUACCGCAAAGAGCACGGCCCCUUCAAAAGCAUCGAGGACCUGGUGAGGAUGGACUGCAUCAAUUCCUCCUUCCUGGACAAAAUCAGGCAUCAGAUUUUUGCGGAGCGUUCCCGGCCCCCUUCGACGAACACCAAUGGUGGCCUCAACUUCACCGCCAAGCCUCACCCCAGCCCCACCUCUCUGAGCCUCCAGAGCGAGGACUUGGACUUCCCUCCUGGGGGUCCGACCCAGAUCAUAUCCACUCGCCCCUCUGUGGAGAUGUUUGGGGGGGUGAGGGACGGCAGACCCGUCCUGAGGGUGGCUACCUGGAACCUGCAAAGUUGCUCCGUCGAGAAAGCCAACAACCCAGGAGUGCGGGAGGUGGUGUGCAUGACGCUGCUGGAGAACAGUAUCAAGCUUUUGGCUGUACAGGAGCUGGUUGAUAGAGAAGCUCUGGAAAAGUUUUGUGCGGAGCUGAACCAGCCGACGCUGCCAAACAUCCGCAAGUGGAAGGGCCCUAGAGGAUGUUGGAAGGGUGUUGUUUCCGAAAAGCCCUCAGGCCAGCUACACAAGGGAGUUGAAUAUUCUGGCUUCCUCUGGGACACCACAGCUGGCAUCGAACUGAAAGAUGCCUCAUCUCAGGAGAGUCCACAGACGAACGGCAAUGGCAAGCACUCGUACCCUCACCCUUAUCUCGCCCAUUUCAAGGUUGGGAUGAACGACCUGACCCUGGUUAACCUUCACCUGGCCUUGCCGGCGGGCGAGAACACCGGGAAGAGCCACGACAGCCACAAACUGGCGGCCUUUGCACAGACUCUGCAGGAGACACUGAAAGGAGAAAAAGACGUGAUCAUCCUGGGAGAUUUUAACCAGGCCCCAGACACAAGCGACCACGACAUACUGAGGAAGGAGAAGUUCCAUCACCUGGUCCCUUCCAGCACCUUCACCAACAUCAGCACAAAGAACCCACAGGGAUCCAAGUCGCUGGAUAACAUCUGGAUCAGCCGGAGCUUGAAGAAGCUUUUCACAGGCCAUUGGGCUGUCGUGCGCGAAGGUCUCACAAACCCGUGGAUCCCUGAUAACUGGUCCUGGGGUGGGGUGGCCUCGGACCACUGCCCCGUGCUCGCUGAGUUCUACCUGGAAAAGGACUGGAGCAGGAAGGAGGUGACGCGGAACGGGAACGGGGUGACGGUGGAACGCAGCGACUCCCACGCGAAGCACGAACGAUGACGUGAACUUGAGGGUGCCUUCUGCUCGCCGGGGAGCAGGCGGAGGCUGCCUCCCCUUCGCCUUCCUUCCCUCUCUCCUCCCCGUGCCUGGGGAGCUUCAGCACUUGAUUUCAGUGGCCGUGGCCUUGAGCCCCUCCUGGACAGUUGUGGGGUGCCCCAUGGCAGCGCUUUGUGGGGUCACAGAGGACAUUUCCCAUGCCUGGAGACUGGAAUGAGGAUUGUACAGGAAAUAAAGUGUACUUUUAAUACUGUG